CAUGCGCUGCCUGACGGGUAAACGUAAUUAGUUCACCCAGCCAUGCCCGGGACGUCCAACUCUAGCGCCGUGCCUCCUCUCUAAAAACUUCCCGAUCUCAAGUUUUUACCCGUACCAGCGAGCAGAUCUAACAUGGGGAGGACGUCGGGGGUUCUCCGAGCCGUGGUGCUACUUUUGGCGCUGUUUCACUGCCGUUUGACCGAGGGAAAAGUUUGCCUCGGGACAGAUAACAAGUUGACGUCAAUAGGAGACCCCAACCAUCAUUACAACUUGCUGAAGAACCUGUAUACCAACUGUACCUAUGUGGACGGGAACCUAGAGCUGGUGGCAAUCGAGGGAACAGGCAGAGACCUCAGCUUUGUCAAGGAUAUCAGGGAAGUUACCGGAUAUGUCCUCAUAGCGUUGUCGGACAUCAGCUACAUUCCUCUCGAAAACCUGCGAAUCAUUCGCGGUAAGAACUUGUACCACGGCAGUGCUCUGUCGGUAAAGUUCAACUUCAACAAGAACAUUCCGACACUGGGUCUCCGAGAACUACGCUUCAACUCGCUGACAGAAAUCCUGAAGGGAAACGUGACAUUCUUCAACAACCCACAACUCUGCUACGAAAACACCAUUGACUGGAAGGGGGAUAUCCUAGCCGAUGGGUACUAUGUCAUAUCCGACACAAAGGACAAAGCAAGAAUAUGUGAGCCCUGUCCUGCCAGCUGUAAUGGUUACUGUUGGGGAAGCAGAGAAGAAGACUGCCAGAGCUUUACCAAAAGGCGCGGCCUGGGCCCAGGUUACUGCAGUGAACAGUGUGACUACAGGUGUAAAGGUCCGAACCCACAAGACUGCUGCCACAAGCAGUGUGCUGUGGGCUGUACAGGCCCACUGGCUACAGACUGCCUGGCCUGUCUCCACUACAACAACUCAGGCAAGUGUGAGGAGCACUGCCCCCCUCCCACCAUUUACGACACCGACCUGUUCCAGACAGUCACCAACCCCGAUGCCAAGUACACCUACGGGUCCCUGUGUGUGGACGAGUGUCCUUCUCACUUACUUCAGGAAGAGGGAAACUGUGUGAAGACCUGUCGGAAAGGGAACACUGACAACGGACAGCGAGUUUGCGAGAAAUGUGUUGGGGCCUGUCCCAAGAAAUGCACAGGAUUCCAAAAGAACCAGUUUGCAGGAUACAUGACGAUAAACGAGGCAAUCCUGAGAAACUUCACCAACUGUACCAUCAUAGAGGGGAGCCUGGUUAUCACAAAGCAGGCAUUUGAGGGGGACAGCUGGGCAGGCUUUGGCCCCAUAUUACCGUCGGAGCUGAGUGUGUUCAGCACAGUGGAGGAAAUAACAGGCUACCUGCAGAUCGAAGGACAACACGAAGACUUCACGGACCUCUCCAUGUUCCGCAACCUGAAGAUUAUACAGGGCAGGGAGCUCUACAAUCAAUACUCAUUAGUCAUCUACCAAACGUCGCUGGUAAGUCUGGGCCUGACGUCUCUGCAGCAAGUGAACAACGGGAAGGUCAACAUCCGAAAGAACAGGGACUUGUGCUACAAUGUGGACGAUGCCGUCUGGAACCGCAUCCUGAAAAACCCUAGAGUACAGGAGAGGCAGAUUAACCAGAACAAAAACAAAACUCAGUGUGUUGUUGAAGGGAAGACUUGCUCCGACCAGUGUGACUCUGACGGCUGUUGGGGGUUUGAAGCAAGCCAGUGUAUCAAGUGCGCCAAUUUCGAGUUGGACGGGACGUGCGUGGAAAGCUGCGAGGCAACCACACAUUACUCGGACAACAAGCAGUGCCGCCCCUGCGACCCUCAGUGUGACGGCAUGUGCAAUGGCCCGGGUUCCGACAAUUGUACCAGGUGUCUGAAUGUCAAGGAUGGUCCCUUCUGCAAGGAGAGGUGCCCACCCAUGAAAUACCCAGACAGAAACAACCAGUGCCAGCCUUGUCACGAGAACUGCGUCGCCCUUGACAGCGGCCCAGACAGCCCGAGAUGUUCAGGACCAAGGAACAAUGUCAGUGCAGACGGCUGCAACGCUUGUAAGAAGGCAAGACUUGCAGAGAGCUACCGAGUGCUUGAAUGUCUGCCCGAGGACCAACAGUGCUCACAUGAUGAGUUUGAGACGUCAGGAAAACAAUUCAACAAAGUCGGCAUUGAGCAGGUGUGUUACCCAUGUCACGAAGAGUGUGACGGCUGCAGGGCGGCCAGCCCCAGCGCGUGCACGCGGUGCAAACACUUCCGACGCAACGUGGAGAACUACUUCAUUUGCAGACCGAGCUGCCCACAGACGGAUUACAACGUGUCCAACAUCUGCUACAGGUGUCCAACAGGCUGCAGGGAAGGCUGUUACUACAGGAGUAACAAGGCCUUCUGCACCCACUGUGUCAACUACAAAGUCUACAUCAACAAGUCUGUCGAUGACUAUGAUUGCACUGCUGGUCCGAGUUGCCCCGCGGAGAAACCGUACCACGUGUCGGAGGGUGAGGACAAGGUUUGUGUGAAGAACUGCACCGAUAACACCUUCCCGGACAGCACCUCAGCAAACCAGUGUAAGGACUGCCACAGCGAGUGUGUGGACGGGUGUGUGGACGACACCAGGAGCGGCUGUUUCCGUUGCCGCCAUGUCAAGUACGGGGACGAGUGUCUGGAGGAAUGUCCGCAGAGGACCGAAGAAAAGGACAGCAUCUGUGAACCCAUCAACGACUUCUUCAUCGGAAGCCUCUCUGCCCCGGCGAGUAAAGGCCUCCUGGCAGGUAUCAUCUUUGCAGUGGUGCUCCUGCUGCUGGUGAUCAUCCUGGUGUACACCGUGUACCAGCGCCGCCAGCGCAACCGCCGCAGACAGACAUGGAGGAAAGUCAAGGAACUGGGCAUCGAAGUGCCUGUCAGUGACCUUGAGAACAACCCAUAUGGACAUGAACUUCAACCUUUGACCCCCACGGGAGCGGCUCCUAACCAGGCUUACCUGAGGAUUAUUAAGGAGACGGAGCUGAAGAGGGGCAUGGUGCUGGGGUCGGGCGCCUUCGGAACUGUGUACAAGACCACUCCUGAGGCCAGCAAGGAGCUACUAGAGGAAGCCUACGUGAUGGCCACAGUAGACCACCCGUGCCUGGUGCGACUGUUAGGAGUGUGCCUAGCUCAGCAGACGAUGCUGGUUACUCAGUUCAUGCCCCUGGGAGACCUGCUGAAGUAUGUGCUGCAGAACAGGGACAACAUUGGGUCACAGGUCCUGCUGAACUGGUGCACACAGAUUGCCUCGGGAAUGUUGUACCUGGAAGAAAAGAGGCUUGUUCACCGUGAUCUGGCAGCAAGAAACGUUCUCGUGAAAACCCCAAACCAGGUGAAAAUCACUGAUUUUGGACUGGCCAAGUUGCUGGAUAUCGACGAAGAAGAAUACUAUGCAGAAGGUGGAAAGAUGCCCAUUAAGUGGUUGGCGCUGGAGUGUAUCCAGUACAGGAAGUUCACACAUCAGAGUGAUGUGUGGAGUUUUGGUGUGACAAUUUGGGAGUUGAUGACGUUCGGAGGAAAGCCGUACGACGGAGUGCGAGCCAGGGAUGUACCCGACUUGCUGGAGAGAGGAGAGAGACUCCCACAGCCUCCCAUCUGCACGCUGGACCUCUACAUGGUCAUGGUCAAGUGUUGGUUGCUGGAUGCUGACGCCAGGCCCAACUUUUCAGAGUUAGUGGACACCUUCCACAAACUGGCAGCAGAUCCCCCCAGAUACAUUGUAAUCCAGGGCGACGAUCGUAUGAAGCUUCCGAGCCCGACGGAGAACAGGAUCUUUGACAUGCUGAGUGACGAGGAGGACCUGGAGGGGCUGAUGGAUGCGGAGGACUACCUGUUGCCUUCCCAGAUGUCCCGGAGCCACCAGGGUAGUCUGGGAUCCCUCACCAACCAGCCAACAGGCUAUUCUCCCAUGCAUUCUGUCAACAACGUCAAGGAUAGAGAUCGCUAUUACCCUCCAUCACUUGACAAACGAGUUCUCUUCAAGCACUCAGACCAAAGCUUAGAUGACCAUGAGUACGACAACGAGAGAGAGAUGAGGAGAGGAGCAGGGCCGCCGAACGGACCCAAGAAGUCUCUCAAGGAGAACGGGAAGAUGAACGGAAACCCGCCAGCCAGAGAUGCCAGUCUUAGAUACAGUGCUGAUCCUACCAUUUUCUUUGCCAAAGGUGAUACAAAACCCAAACCCCUUGAGACACCACCAGCACUCCCAAAAAAAGAGCGGAAGAAAAGUUCCAAGAAAAGUACCAGUGAUCAGACCCCCCAUGCAGACAGACAGCCCACAGAGGAGUACGUCCCGCCGGGGUCCCGACCCUCCUCGAUAGAGGGGCAGUCCCAGUCUCCCCGACACUCCUCCAUCGAAGGGGCGUCCCGCUCUGCCAGCUACCAUUCCCUCACACCUGCCGACCAGAACGACGAAGGUCGUCUGAAAGAUGCGCUCAAGAACGACAGACUGAAGCCUAAACUGAAACAAUACCUCGGCAAACUUGGAUCAAACAAUGCUAUCGAUAAUCCUGAGUACCAGGAAAUUCUGGGUAACGAAGACCAAGAGGACUACUAUGAUGAUGACCUGUCAGAUCAUGAGUACUACAACGACAUCAGGGCAAACAAGAAGGCAAACUUGCUGAGAAAAGCAGCGAGUGAGACAGACAUUUAAGACUCACACAACAGAAGGAGGGGUAGAGAAGAAGAUGACGUCAAUGUGUCUCAAAGAAGUUACUCCGGGAAUGAAUAAGAUGACAGACAUGUUAUGGUGAAAGAUACAGCUGUUUGUGGGUGUCUACUGGACCUAAAACUGUUCACUCUGUUAGUGUUACCAACACAAGUCCCUAUAUUAAUGUUACAACUUGCAAGGCAUUCUCUUCUUUCCACGAUCUUUCUCUAGAAGGAAUUGGUCAUAAUUUUCUUCCAAAAAAUUCUUUUAUUUGAUAUUAGAUAAGAACAGCUGUACCUUCUCAUCCAAAACAUUCCAAAUACUCAGAUGAGAUCUGAAUCAUUUUACUGGGUGUAAAAUUCCAAGGAACAGAAAACCACAGAUGUGAAUAAUUAUAGUCCUUAGGUGAUGCUUCCCCACCUAAAACGUCCUCGUGUGUCGAUAUUUGUGUUGAGUGCAAUACAGAACAGAUUGGCUGGUCUAUUAUAUAACAUUUCAUUCCUAUUUUGUCUGUAUAUGCACAAGUUUUCUUCUUUUUCAAGUUAGUCUGGAGCAUUUUGUUUUGUCAAGGCCCCAUGCCAUGGGCACAGCCUUUUUUUCAUGCUAAUAUCAAAUUUUUGUACUACUUUUCUAUUUUGUAUGAAUUACUGUGUAUAUAAGGUGAGAAAAAACAUGGUGUGACAAUGAAUAUAUAAAGCUCAGUUUUAGGACAAACAUUUGUAUACAUUUAUUCAACCUAUUAUGGUUACUUUAUUCUAUAGACAACAUAUUAUAGAAACUUGUGAACAAUCUUAGCUCUAAAAUGCAUGAGCCAAAGGUAAAUGCACAUGUAUGGAUGACUGUUAAGUUAUCACAAUAAUAUUGUUUUUAAAGGUGGAAGGUCUGUAAAGAAGUGCUUUUCACUGCCACAAAGUUUACAAGGGGAGAAAAGUGGUUUUAAUGUCUUAAAGGUUUUAACAUAACAAAGUUAGCUUCUCCAUUCUUUUUAUGUAAAUGAAUUCCAAAGGCGCCCAGUGAUAAUACACAAUGCAUUUCCAGAAGCGCAAAAAAGCUGUGGAUGUAGCAAACAAACAAAAAUGUAUCUUCUGUGGAAAGUUUUACAGAUUUGAUUUCAUAAUUUCGCACACAGGAACUUUAUACAAGUCAAUAAAGUGGAAAUUCUGACCAAAGCACAACAAUCCACGCAAGAGAUUUUAGAAUAUUCUUAUGCACAAUAUGAAGCUCAGGAGGAUUGUUAUUGGCGUGAUACAAGGGAGAUGCUUAUUGGCUGUGACGUUCAUUGCCAUGUAGCAAGGGAAAUGAUGAUUGGCCGGUGUUUGAGUGCAUGAUACAAGGGAGCUGGUGAUUGGCUGUCAUGAUCAUUGGCAUGAUUCAAGGCAAAUGGUGAUUGGUUGGGAUGUGUGAAAUUCAGAAAUGCUGAUAGCAGAAAAUGUGCUGAAGGUUUUUUGUGAUAGAUUCACCAUAACUUGAUGGAUUGUUUUUUUUAUGCAGCUUUGAAAGAGCAUCUUUCGAUAUAGCCGUAAGCAAAUGAAUGAGCUUUUUCUACACCUAAAAUAGUGAAUUCAUAAUAGACUACAGUGGAUACAUCAUUUUGUAAGUAAGCACAAUAUUUUGUGCAAACAUUGUGUGUAAUGUUAAGAUUGUAUAUUCCAGGACCUUCCAAUUGUUGUAAAUGUUAAAUGUAACAAACAAGUGUCCAGAAAUUAAAACAUAUCUAACCAAGUGGUUUUAACAAGGUUAUAGCUUGGUGCAGAGUUAAAGGUCACCAAAGGAUGGGGUUGCUAAACUUGGGGCUGUUCAACAAAAUAGUAUUCUCUGUGAUUUUAAUAGAACCAGACUUUUAUGGUCUCUUGUUUUUUAACUGCUUUCUGCAAAUACAAAACAGGGCAAGCAUCUAGUUCACGUUCUUUUUAAUUCUUUCUUUAUUCCUUAUUUUUUGAUUUACUGAAAAAGUAACAAUCUUGUUCCCAAAAUGGCUACUCUGCAAUUAAGCCAAAAAUGUACAUAGAUGCUGGAGUGAGAAAUGCUAGCUCUGCCUGCGGUAAUUGAAGGAAGUGCCUUUUAACCAGUGUUGGAAAAUUUUACGCAAAAAUUGUAUAUUUUGAUAGAUAUGGUACAGUGAUUUUAACAAUGUUCAAUGUCGUCAUUUUAAUGGCUACCUAUAUGUAUUGUAUGUGUACAUGUAUGUACUGUGUUGCAAGUAACCUCGUUACUAUGUAUGAUAUGCAUUAUUCUUAUGUAACACUUGUAGAAUAUUGGUCCUGUUUCUAAUGAAUGUUUUCUAGCAAGGGGUCACCAAGGAAGAUGUUUGCUAUUAAUUGAAAGACACAUGAAUUCCUUUUGCAACAAAAUGAUUUUAGCUGACAUGUGGAACAUUUGCUAUUUUAGGCUAAAAUUUUACCUAAAAGCUGAGACAUGAUUUAAGAUGAAAAUGAGGUGGAUAAGAUGCAUCUUUCUCUACCCUACAUACCUGAAAAUUAUUUUGAGGUGUAAGAGGUCAUAAUUACAAGGUAGCAUAUUGUGCCAUAAAAUGUUAAAUGUUUUGUAAUGAAGAAAAAAGUGAUAUAAUUAGCAGAACUCCUGUGACCAUCAAAGAAAUAUUUCAAUAAUAUGGUUGUGAAACUUUUUCAACUUUGAGCAUGUUUUGCUUCAGAAAUUUGGGGAAUGUUUCUUUCAAAUCACAGCAAACACAUCUUCCUUUUUUUCUGAAGAUUAAUUUUUUAGAUGAAUGUUACUUGUACAUGUAACUUUAUGCUGUUGUUCCAAUGGAAUCAGCAGCCCUUAUAGAAAUUACGCUCUUUGACAAUAAUCUAUCAUUCUCCACUAAUAGUCAUAACCUUCAACCAAGUAAAUUCAGCAUGAUUAUUAAUCUUUAACCGACAAUUAUUUCAAACUCCUAUCCUUUAUCUCCUACCCUAACAAAUGUGAACAUUGGUAACAACACUGUUUAACAGGGGGCUACCUUGUCAUAGAUUUUAAUGUGCCUGUCUAGGAAGAAUUAUGAGCCCCAUCUUGAAUUCUGGUUUCCCUGUAUUUGUGUUGUGCGUGUAAGCCUGACACUGCCAUUUGUGUGCUGUAUAUUGUAAACAGGAAGAAGCUAAGGUUUUUAGAAGGAUGUACAUGUACAUGAGGGACGAUAAUCUUGUGCAUGGUGAAGGUCUUGUAUUUGUACAUGGAUUAUAUGUUCAAUAAAAGGUGGUUAUUUAGUGGUAA